AUGAAAGGUAAAGGAUUUGGCCGAACGGUUGCUUUUCUCGUAUUCCUGAUAUUAGCGUUAUGCGACGCCACGCAGGAACUGAAUGAACACAAGUAUCUUCAUUCACUGAAAGGCAAAUCGUACAGAAACCAUGCUUUGAUCCGUGGUGUCCCUAAAGAUUUCGAAGAUUUAGAGUUCUUCAAGAAACUAGAAAUUUUUGCCUUCGACAAACAAAACGUUCGGCCGUAUACUAGAGGAACUUUGCAGUCAUUUAAUUGGCACAGUUACUAUCGCCUCGACGACAUUUACGACUGGCUCAAAGACCUUAGCGACACAUACCCGGAUGAAGUCCGAUUGCGUACUAUUGGAAAGAGUUAUGAAAACCGGACAAUAAUGGCAGUGAAGCUUGCCUUAAAGGGAUCUAUAAGGAGAUCCAAGAUUAUAGUCGAAGGGGGUUGUCAUGGAAACGAAUGGAUAUCUCCAGCGUUUGUUACCUACAUGUUACAUACAUUACUAAAUUUCAAAAAGUAUGAAAACGAAGAAUUGGAGGCUAUUGCUCUCAUGUAUUCUUGGGUUUUCGUUCCUGUAAUGAACCCAGACGGAUAUGAAUACGCUCAUAUGACAGAUCGAUUAUGGAGAAAGAAUCGCCGUGGUGGUUAUGGCGUUGAUUUAAAUCGGAAUUAUGGAAUCGCUUUUGGGGCUCACUGCCCCGACAAAUCUAAGAUCGAAAGUCGUGAAUAUUGCGGUGAUAGUCCGUUCUCCGAGCCAGAAUCGGAAGCCAUGGCACUAUUUACAAAAGAAAACAGCGAUAACUUGGAGUACUACCUGUCCUUCCAUUCCUUCGGACAGCACAUUAUUUUACCUUACUCUACAACUAUAGAGCAUAAAGAUAACUACAAUGUUGUGGUAAGUUUGGUUUUAAAAUUAAUGUGUUUUCUGUGUUUCAUGUCUAAUAAUAAUGAAAAAUCUGUAAUGUAUUUCAUAAAUGCUAGUUUUUUUAUUUUCUUAUUACUAACGAGAUGUGACAGCAAAACUUAUAAAAAUCACGCGUUGCUCCGUGGCGUUCCGUAUGAUGAAACAGAGUUGAUAUUCUUCAAAACACUGGACAAGAUUUACGAUGUGAUGUGGUGGAAGGAACCAACUUUUGUUCAAAAACCAGUGGAAUUCAGCAUUAGUCCUAAUAACUUAGCAAAACUGUAUAUGGAUACGGAGAAGAUGAGCGUUCGCUUCAUUAUUGUGAUCAGGAAUUUACAGGGUGCCUUCGAUAAACAGAAAGCCAGUCCUUAUUUCAGGCGUAACAUGGAAUCCUUUAACUGGCACAGCUACUAUCGCCUAGACGACAUUUAUAACUGGCUUAAAGAUGUUAGCGCUCGACACCCAGAGGAGGUGCAGCUUCGGAAAGUUGGCACAAGUCACGAAAACAGAACAAUUAUGUCUGCAAGACUGACAUUGAAAGGGUCCAUAAACAGAUCCAAAGUGAUAGUGGAAGGAGGUUGCCAUGCGCGUGAGUGGUUGUCUCCGGCGUUUGUAACUUACAUGUUAUACACAUUGUUAAACGCCAAAAAGUAUAAAGACCAAGAGCUGGAGCAUAUCGCCUACACGUACACUUGGGUUUUUAUACCCGUCAUGAACCCAGACGGAUAUGAAUAUAGUCAUACGACGGAUCGCUUAUGGAGGAAAAAUCGUCGUCCUGGCGGCGGUGUAGAUUUAAAUCGAAACUAUGGUAUUGCAUUUGGAACUCACGGUGCAAGUACUUAUCCAACCAGUAUCAAGUAUUGUGGUGAUAGCCCUUUUUCCGAACCGGAGACAUAUUCAAUGGCAACAAUGGCAAGAGAACAUAGACACAAGUUAGAGUACUACAUUUCAUUCCACUCUUAUGGCCAGUUUUUAAUCAUACCUUACACACAUUUGAUGGAACAUGAGGAUAACUAUGACAAAGUGAAAAUAAUGGCUGAUAAGGCAGCUACACGAAUGAAAGACAAUCACGGGAUUACGUACACAACAGGCACUUCUUACGAAACAGUGGGCAAUUAUGCUUUAACAAUUGAGCUCCCCGAUAAGGGGUCCCACGGCUUCGCGCUGCCGCCGGGGCGAAUCCUGCCCUCCUGCCAGGCCGUUAUGGACGGGCUGCUAGAAAUCCUUGCUCCCCAAUCUAAAAGAUUCUUGAGGAUGCAUGAGAGCGCCGCACGGAAAAACCAACUCUGUGUUAAAGUUAUAUUUGUUUGUAACGUGUUUGUGUAUAUUAUGAGAGAUAUUAUGAGAUUAUUAAAUUAUUUGUGGUAA